AAGAAGAAGAAGAAGACGAUGGACGGCUGAAUCUCUUCCAGAAUGGGAUGAAUCUGUGAGUCCGGUUGCCACGGAGACAGCAGGCUGUUCUACUGAGCGAGUGUGCCGUGAUCUUCCGGGACCUGCCGGGGAUGCUGCCCGCCGCCGUCCAGGUGCUGGCGUUCUGCCUGGCGCUGCUGGGCGUCGUCGGGGCAACGGUUGCCACGCUGCUGCCCAACUGGAAGGUGAGCGCCAACGUGUGGUCCAGCAUCAUGACGCCCAUCUCCCAGAUGCAGGGUCUGUGGAUGGACUGCGUGUGGUACAGCUCCGGCGUCUUCAGCUGCACCGUGAAGCCGUCGGUGCUGGCGCUGCCGGCGUCGCUGCAGGCCACGCGGGCCGCCAUGGUGCUGUCCUGCAUGGUGGCGGCGCUCGGGCUCUGCCUCGCCGCCCUUGGGCUCAAAUGCACCCGCUGGGGGGGCAGCCGGCGCGCCAAGGGGCACACGGCCGUGGCGGCGGGCGGCUGCUUCGUGCUGGCCAGCGCCCUCUGCCUGCUCCCCGCCGCCUGGUUCACCAACGAGGUCAUCACGGCGUUCCUGACCACCGACCUGCCGGACAGCAGCAAGUACCAGCCGGGGGGAGCGCUCUGCGUCACCUUCAUCUCCGCCGGCUUCCUCCUGGCCGGAGGCGUCAUUUUCUGCCUGUCGUGUCCCGGGACGAGAACGGGACGGAGCCGGUACCCGUCCUCCCCCGACCCCGACGGGCCGGCGCCGCACCGGGCGGAGCGGUGGAGACGGGAGCCGCCGCCACCGGAGACGACGGACGGGGAAAAUAAAGCGGUGGAGCUGCAGAAGGUCUACUCGUCUCCCUCCAAGCCUCCCAAAGACAUCAAGGACAGCUACAGCCGGCAGGAGUACGUCUGAGCCUGCAGCCCGCCGGCCGGGAAUGUGGCGCUCCAGCCUCGGCUGCAAGGUGGGGGCAGGGGGGGGAGGGGGCGUGUCUGAGGGGGAACAAUCACCACAUGAUAGACAGCAGGAGCUGUAAACACUGGAGACCCCCCCUCCCCUCCCCGGACCAAAGACCUGUCAGAAAACAGAGACAGAGAGAAGGAAAAGCACCAGACAGUAACAGCAACUUGGGUCUAAAACACCAACACAUAUUGGACUAAACCAUCACUGAAAACACAGAUAAUAUUGGACACAGCAGAAGCUAAAACACCAGACAAUAUUGGGCCAAACCUGGAUUCAAAAACAGUCCAUUUUUUGUCCAAAACUGGACUAAAAACACAGAUAAUAUCAGACUAGGCAGGAGUUAAAACACCAGACAAAAUCUGGAUUCACAAACAUGGAAUAUUGUUUCAAACAGUACUAGAAAAACAGUCACAUUUUAGUCCAAAACAGGACUAAAAACACAGAGAAUAUUGGACUAAACAACAUGUCUGAGGGGGAACAAUCACCACAUGAUAGAGAGCAGGAGCUCUAAACACUGGAGAUUCAAAAACAGUCAAUUUUUUUGCCCAAAACUGGACUAAAAACACAGAAACACCAGACCAUACUGGUCCAAACCAUGACUAAAACACAGCACAUAUUCAACCAACUUGGGUCUAAAACAGUAACAAAUAUUGGAUCAAACCAUUACUGAAAACACAGGAAAUAUUGGACUUAGCAGAAGGUAAAGCACCAGACAGUA